GGGAGCCGACGCGGCCUCCGUUUCCCGUGGUUCUCCGGCUUCCGGUGCCUUCGGGUCCGCGCGCGCUGCCGCGGCCCGGGUGAGUGCGCAGCCAUGGACAGCGGCUUCGGCUCGGAUUUCGGCGGCGCGGGUGGCGGGAAGCUGGACCCGGGGGCCAUUAUGGAGCAGGUGAAAGUGCAGAUCGCCGUGGCCAACGCGCAGGAGCUGCUGCAGAGGAUGACCGACAAGUGCUUCCGGAAGUGCAUCGGGAAGCCGGGGGGCUCCUUGGAUAACUCUGAGCAGAAAUGCAUCGCCAUGUGCAUGGACCGAUACAUGGACGCCUGGAAUACCGUGUCCCGCGCCUACAACUCUCGGCUGCAGCGGGAACGAGCCAACAUGUGACGGGAUCUGGACCUCUGGACGCCGUGCCCACGGUCACGGUCGGAACUGUUUCCCCACCAGCAAGGGCCGCUCCUGUGCAGCGGCCCGAAGUCUGGCAGCAUGGUGGCCUUUCCCCCUCCCCGGGCUGCUGUGCACAGCUCCGAGGAGCAGUUUGAGCUCGGGGAUCUGGCGGACUCCACCUGAGCUGUGAGCUCAUGAGGGCUGGCCAAUAAAUGGCUGCUGGGGCCGAAAAGG